AUGUCGGGGGGAUUUGGUGAGAGGUUCUUGAUGCUCUGUGUCUUUUCAGCUGUAUUCAACUCCCUCCAUGCCUCUACAGAAGUCUGCACCAACUCUAUCCUGCCUGGAGCUAAAGGAGACCAAGGUGAAGUUGGAGAGAAGGGAGAGCAAGGGAGGCUGGGAAAAAAUGGACCACCAGGACCUCCAGGAGUGCCGGGAGAGACGGGGCUUAAAGGAGACAUGGGUCACACGGGGAAGAUGGGGCCUGCUGGAGACAAAGGUGACCAAGGCGAUUCAGGUUUGGAUGGACCUUCUGGUUUAAAAGGGAAACCAGGCACAACUUGUGACUGUGGCAGGUACAGGAAGGUGGUUGGACAGUUGGAUGUCAGCGUGAGCAAGCUGAGGAACGCUGUCAAGUUUUUAAAGAAUGUCAUCCUAGGGCUGAAGGAGACAGAGGAGAGGUACUACCUGUUGGUGAAGGAGCCCAGGAGGUUCAGAGAUGCUUCAAUGAACUGUAAGCUAAGAGGUGGCACCCUGGCCAUGCCCAGGACCAGCAACUCCAACUCCCUCUUAGCAGACUACAUCAGUCAUGCAGGCCUGACCAGGGUUUAUAUUGGGUUGCAGGCCCACGGCAAGAACACUGAGGGAGCAGGCCGUUAUGUGUAUGCAGAUUCCAGACCUUUACAGGGUUUUGCAGCUUGGAGUAAAGGCGGCGAGCUAAUCCCCAGUGUACCCCCCCCAACCAACUCCAGCUGCGUGGAGCUGCUCAGCACCGGGACCUGGGCUCAUGUUGAGUGUGAAGUCACCAUGUUCUACAUCUGUGAGUUCCCAAAGAGCAGGAGAAGAGGAGGAGGAGGAGUGACACUAUUGGACAGUGGCACAGAUGUGUCAUUACUUCGCAAACUACUGGCAGGUUGA